UCUGGGAAGUAAUCUAAUAUUGAAGCCCAGUCCCAGAAACCAACGACACUCUCUAUAUUGUUUAGGGUUGAUGUAUAAAACCCUCAUAUUUAAGCAAAAUCGAAACUCCUAUCGUAGUUCUUGUUGUUGAAAACCUAGGAAGCGGCAAGAAUGGCAGACGUUGAGGUCGAUGUCGCGGCGGCAGCGGGGCAGCCCAAGAAGAGAACAUUCAAGAAGUUCAGUUUCAGAGGCGUGGAUCUCGAUGCUCUUCUUGAUAUGUCCACAGAUGAACUUGUCAAGCUUUUCAGUGCUCGCGCUCGUAGAAGGUUCCAGAGAGGUCUAACCAGAAAGCCCAUGGCCUUGAUCAAGAAGCUUCGCAAAGCGAAAAGGGAAGCUCCAGCAGGUGAGAAGCCAGAGCCAGUGCGCACCCACCUCCGCAACAUGAUCAUUGUUCCUGAGAUGAUUGGUAGCAUCAUAGGAGUAUACAAUGGCAAGACCUUUAACCAGGUUGAAAUCAAACCUGAGAUGAUUGGGCAUUAUUUAGCCGAGUUUUCUAUCUCAUACAAGCCCGUUAAGCACGGGAGACCUGGUAUUGGUGCUACUCACUCAUCCAGGUUUAUUCCUCUCAAGUGAGAACAUUUUGUGGCAACUUUAGUUUGUAGUGGUCUGAAGAAAACCAACUCUUAUCAGAGAUUUUGAUUGUUUGACCAUUUUUAUUUCAGUUACUUAUCUAUGUUACUGUUAUCAUGAUUUAAUUCUAUAGAUUGAAGAUUUUAGUGUCUUUGUGAA